AACACUCACAGCAGAAAUAAGAACUUGAAGACGAUUUUUUGUGCACUGCCUCAGCUCAGCGCGGGGGUAAGGGCUCAAUAGCAGCACGGCCCCACGAGAUCCGGGGCGGCCCCGAAGGCGGGCAGACGCCAUGGACCUUGGCGGCGGCGGCCGGCGAGUGCUGGUGGUGGGCGCGGGAAUGGCGGCGCUGGGGGCGGCGCAGCGGCUGCGGGGCCCCGGCAGCGUGCGGCUGCUAGAGGCGGGAGGCCGCGUCGGAGGCCGCGUCUGCAGCCUCCCCUUCGCCUCGGGGCUGGCAGAGCUGGGCGCGCACUGGAUCCACGGGCCCUCGGAAGGGAACCCUGUCUUCCGCCUGGCUUCCAGCUACGGCCUGCUGGGCCCCGGGGCCACCGAGGAGGAGAACCAGCAGGUGGAGGCCAAGGGACACCCGCUGCUGCCUGUUGUCACCUACGGCAGCUCAGGGAAGGUGCUGAGCCCUGAGCUGGUGAAUGGCACCCGCAGCCUCUUCACCGAGCUGCUGGGCUCGGCUCAGGCCCUCGUGGGCACUGAGAAGUCACCCGCAACCAGUGUGGGGCAGUACAUGCGGGCAGAGAUCGCCCGGCUGGCCUCCAGCUGGGAUGAGGACAAGGAUGACAAGCAGCUGCGGCUGGCCAUCCUCAGUGCCUGCCUCAAGCUGGAGUGCUGCAUCAGCGGCACCCACAGUAUGGACAUGGUGGCCUUGGGGUCCUUCGGGGAGUACACCUCACUGCCCGGCCUGGAUUGCACCUUCCCAGGUGGCUACAGCAGCCUGCCUGAGCGCAUACUGGAGACCCUGCCCGAAGGCACCGUCCUGCUCAACAAGCCAGUGAAGACUAUCCGGUGGCAGGGGUCCUUCUGCGAGGAGGGGGACACGGACAGGGACUUCCCUGUCCAAGUGGAGUGCGAGGAUGGCGAUUCUUUUCUCACUGACCACGUCAUUGUCACUGUCCCACUAGGUUUCCUCAAGGAACGGCAUCAGGACUUUUUCCAGCCUCCCCUGCCCAAGCGGAAGGCAGAGGCAAUUCGCCGCCUGGGCUUUGGCACCACCAACAAGAUCUUCCUGGAGUUUGAGCAGCCCUUCUGGGAACCUGAGCAGCAGCUGCUGGAAGUGGUGUGGGAGGACGAGUCACCUCUUGCCGAGUCCAGUGCUGACCUGGAGGCCAGCUGGUUCAAGAAGCUCGUUGGCUUUGUGGUCCUCCAGCCACCAGAGCAGCUUGGGCAUGUCCUCUGCGGCUUCAUUGCUGGCAAGGAGUCGGAGUACAUGGAGACACUGAGUGAUGCUGAGGUUCUCAGCACCAUGACCCAUGUCCUCCGUAUGCUGACAGGUACCCAAUCCCCCACCUCCCCAACACCUCCAUGCGAAGGAAGAAGCCCAGAAGGCUGGGGGCUCUGCCCAGCUCUGAGCUGUGCCCCAUGGCCCACAGGCAACCCGCACCUGCCCACACCUCGCAGUGUGCUGCGCUCCCGUUGGCACAGCGCUCCCUACACACGUGGCUCCUACAGCUACGUGGCUGUUGGCAGCUCUGGAGAAGAUAUAGACAUGCUGGCACAGCCGCUGCCCGAGGAUGCAUCUGACCCCAGGCCACUGCAGGUGCUGUUCGCGGGGGAGGCCACGCACCGCUCCUUCUACUCCACCACGCACGGGGCGCUGCUGUCCGGCUGGCGGGAGGCCGAGCGCCUCAACCAGCUCCCGCGGGCCGCGGCCCGGUCGUAAUAAAGGUGCCUUCCCCACAGA